AACAAACUGCCGUCUGCUCAGUCUGUCUGCUCCUAUCCUCCUAUCGCAAACGUCAUUCAUACGAUAUAGUUCAGUGCGCGAGUGCCGUUUUGUUUACAUUGAAUAGUAUUGUUUUUGUUUGAGUGAACUUUGUGGUUAUAAAAGUUCUUUAGUAGCGUUUCGUCAACUUAAAUUUGAAAAUGUCUCGAGGAGCAGCAGAAAAUCAGCUUGAAGACUUCGGAAGGAAACAGAAGGUUGCCCCAACCAUGACCAGCAGCAAUGGCGCCCCGGUGGGUGACAAGACUGCGACGACCACUGUUGGCCCCAACGGUCCAGUCGUACUACAGGACUUCACCCUGAUUGACGAACUUGCCCAUUUCGACCGAGAGCGCAUCCCUGAGAGAGUUGUUCACGCCAAGGGAGCCGGUGCCUUCGGCUACUUUGAGGUGACUAAGCCUGACAUCACCAAGUAUUGCAAAGCAGCUCUGUUCUCUGAGGUGGGCAAGAGGACGAAUAUUGCGGUUAGGUUCUCCACAGUCGGGGGUGAAAGCGGCUCAGCUGACACUGUCAGGGAUCCUCGUGGAUUCGCUGUCAAGUUUUACACGGAGGAAGGCAACUGGGACCUCGUUGGUAACAAUACCCCAAUCUUCUUCAUCAGAGACCCACUUCUGUUCCCCAGCUUCAUCCACACCCAGAAGCGUAACCCAGCAACACAUCUUAAGGAUCCAGACAUGUUCUGGGAUUUCAUCACUCUGCGUCCUGAGACGACCCAUCAGGUAAUGUUCCUGUUCUCUGACCGAGGUAUUCCCGAUGGCUACCGACACAUGAACGGUUAUGGCUCUCACACGUUCAAACUUGUCAACGAAGCCGGUGAGCCUGUCUACUGCAAAUUCCAUUAUAAGACGGACCAAGGCAUCAAGAACCUAGACGUAGACAAGGCGGGGCAGCUAGCUAGCAGUGACCCUGACUAUUCUAUCAGAGACUUGUACAAUGCCAUCGCUCGUGGAGACUUCCCUUCAUGGACGUUCCACGUGCAGAUCAUGACGUUCCAACAGGCCGAGAAAUACAAGUGGAAUCCCUUCGACCUAACAAAGGUGUGGCCCCACAGUGACUUCCCACUGAUAGAGGUGGGUAAACUAGUGCUGGAUCGCAACCCAGGGAACUACUUUGUAGACGUGGAGCAAGUUGCGUUCAGCCCUGCCCAUCUCGUGCCUGGCAUUGAACCCAGCCCUGACAAGAUGUUACAGGGUCGUCUGUUCUCCUACACCGACACCCACCGCCACCGCCUUGGCCCUAACUACCAGCAGCUACCUGUCAACUGUCCCUACAAGGUUAGCAAGGCCAACAACAUGCGAGACGGACCAAUGUGCUUCGGCGACAACCAGGCCGGCGCACCCAACUACUUCCCUAACAGCUUCAACGGACAAUCUCCCGAACCUACCCGCGGAAACUACAGCAAAUUCUCUGCCUCUGGCGAUGUCGCUAGGUAUAACAGUGAUGAUGAAGACAACUUCAGUCAGGCUACGUUGUUCUGGCAGAAGACGCUGACUGCAGAACAACGCACAAGAAUGGUCAACAACAUUGUGGAUAACUUGCAAGCGGCUUCAACAUUCAUUCAGGACCGAGCUAUCAAGAACUUCAGCCAAGUUGAUGCAGGGUUCGGGCAACGUUUGGCUGACGGACUGCGCAAAGGAAAAGUCAGCAAACUGUAAACAUUACGAAAUUUUACCAUUUGACUGUUUGUAUUUUGUUCAUAUCUCUGUUAGUAUUUAUAUGUACUUUCACUUGAUAUAUCUGUUAUAAAUAUGUUUAUAAAAUCUUUGUCCAUUGCUCUGGUAAAACAAUUGUGGUGUUGGGAUUUAGGUAAGAUUAUUUGAAAUUCCAUAAUUUAUUAUUGCCUAUUUAGAGUAUAUUCCAUUUAACAUGGUUGAAUACUACUAUACAUUUUUAAGCUAUUAUAUCUGAGAACCUGAAUGCAUUACUGUAUUAAUAGCUUAUAUUGGUUAUGUUGUGAGCUCCAAGGAUGUUUAUUAUAUAUAACUGUUUUUUUGUCAGUUAGGUAGGAUAAACUAUCUUGAAAAGUAAUGUUACCAAGAAAUGGCAGUUUUCAUAGAAAUUACCAGCUACAAGUUCUCAGUGUAGGUACUUUUCCCAAGAAUUGGUGGUACCAAAAAUUCCCUUCAGGUACUAAUGCAUCACUAUUUUUUUUUAACCGUUUUAAUGUAAUUUUAACUCCGUUUGUUAUUGCAACUUCCCAUGAUUGUUUAGCCAGCAAAACACAAAGUUCAAAACAUUUCCAUUUAAUUUUGAAAUUUAUUUUUUUCUGUUAGUAAGUAUAUAUACCGUGUGUAUAUUUUGUUGUGGUUUUAAUUAUGUUUUUGUUUUUGUUAAGGUUACCAAAUCAUUAUCUAUGUCCAAUAUUGUAGGUUGAGUAUGGUGCCUUUUUCUGUAACUAUUGAGUCUGUUUUGAUGUAUUAAAUAUAUGUGUUGUAUCUUUGACUAGGUUGUAUUUAACUGAAUAAAUGUAAUCUUAAUCUA